ACGGUUUGAUGUUAACAUUUUUCAAUAGUUUAACAUUAAAUGCAAAUUGAUGGUAAAAGUGCUAAAGUGAAUGUAGCUAAUCUCUAACUGUUUGUGCUUAUGUUAGCUCAUUUAAUAGCAUGAUGGUGGUAGCAUAUGAAUAAUAUUGUGAGUAAUAAUGUGCUUUUUUGAGAUAAUGUUGCAUGUUAAAUUAAUGUAGUGUUAAUAAGAACUUUAUAUCUGUGUAUAUUUAUUUGUGUAUUUAUAUGAAUGUAUAUUUGGUUGGCAGUUUUAAGUAAUUGCUAUGUUUUGUGUUUUGUUUUUCUUGUAAAGGUUUUCAACCUUACCUAUACCAAAUCUUACCUAAUGAGAUCUAUUCUUAAUUGAACAUGAGAAUCUAACUAAAUAAAGAAGAUUAAAGAAGAAGCCGUUUGAGUUGAUUCCAUUUACCCUGUUGAUGGCCAAGGCCUUUUUUAAGUUUGGGCAGAAGUAAAGUAAAAUCCCCUGAGAACUUGACAGGUAUAGCAACAUAAUGUAGCCACGCCCUUAUGUGUAGCCCCGCUGUGUUUUGCAUUUGAUCGUGUUACCUUGGUAAACCAAACUAACUGGUUUAUUCACCUGUGUCUACUAUGCCAGAGAAGAGGAUGUAGGUGUCGGUUUAACUUUUGGCACUUUUUGAUCUAAACAUCAGAUAGGCUUUUAUAUAAAUAUACGUUUUUAAUUAAUCAUGCAGGUGCUGAGAUGUUCGUUAUUUAGAUUUUGGAGUUUGUUUGUUUUUUGUGGACUUUUUGUUAUUGCUCAUGUAAACGUGAAUGACGACAACGAUGAUGAAUGGGUAGAUGUAAAUGACAUGAUCAAUUAUGACUCGACAGGAAAGUGCAUGAGAAAACCCACAGAGACGACAAAUACCAAUGUUCAACAGCCAAAAUGUGUUCCAGUUUUCAAGCGUUUCAUUCACAAGCUCCUUAGAAAAACUGCAGAACUUGGUUUGCCUAAUGAUACACAAACAGUUGUGCACUAUGACGCUGAGGUGAAACUGUCCAACCAAACCGUGUCAGACUUCCAGAACCUUCUGCAAGAAGACAAUGACUGGACCACUGGAGCCAUGGAUGAAGCUCUCAGUCAGAUUCUGGUCAACUUCAAACUCCAUGACUACGAAGCCUGGAAGUGGCGAUUUGAAGACACUUUUCAUGUGGAGCUAGAUACUGUCAUUAAGAUUUUAGUGUGUGUUCUUAUUGUCAUCACUGCAGUCUGCAUUGAAAAGUGCUCUGUGGUGGCCAGGUUCAUCCAGAUCAAAAGGAUGUUUUAUAUUUGCUUUUUUAUUAGCUUCAUCUGGAACUGGUUCUAUCUAUAUACGCUUGAGUUUGCCGAACACCAGAAAAACAUUAUGCAGAUGGAGAGUUUCAACGCAAAAUGUACUGGGGUAAAAGAAAUGACCUGGAUGGACAGUUUAUCAGAGUGGUAUAGAAAAACAUGGACUCUUCAAGAUGAUCCUUGCAAAAAAUACUAUGAGAUCCUGCUUAUGAAUCCCAUUUUUCGUGUGUCUCCAAUGAAGGUUUUCAUGGUCACCUUAACUCGCUUGAUUACAGAUCCUCUGGAGCAGAUUGGUCAGGGCAUCAACCUGUUCCUCAGAGCUUUGCUGAAAGAUCUGCCAAUCAUUUUGCAAGCAAUGGCGCUUUUUACGACUGCGAUUGUCUUCAUAGUUAUUGUGUAUGCAAUAAUAAGGCAUAUAUUGCCUAUGCUCUUGCACGGUUGGCGUCAUGAACCACCACCUCCUGCGGUUGGGCAGCCCCAAGCAGCCCAGCUACAAAAUAAUGGGCACUAGGAGGACAACAGGAUCAAUCAUGCAGGAAACAGGACUUUAGGGCAGACAAUCAUAACAGCAUAAAGUCGACAUCAGAGGUUCAGAUAGUACGGGUCGAGCCACUGUACUCACCUGUAAACAUCUCCAGUGUGGACCAGACUCAUUUUUAACAGCAGGAAGAAGACAACUCUGGUAUAGAUGGA